UAGAGCCCCUAUCAUUCAGUCUCAGUAGUCAUACCAUUUCCAAUUCAACCCCACAUGUGCAAGGUGCACAUGUACUUAACGAUACAAUAUCUUAUAUCUAAUCUAUUACCGAAGAGUAAUCCAGGAGAUCAUUAAACUAGAAAAGAUGGAUGAUAUAGACUCCAUGUUCACUGACCUGCUGGGAGAGAUGGACCUCCUAACACAGAGUCUUGGGUAUGAAAUGGAGCCCUCAGAAAUGUCAUCCAGCUCACAGAGAGAAAACAACUUCUCUAUUGGGUUCACAGAUUUGAACGAAUCUCUAAAUGAGCUAGAGGAUCAUGACCUGGACGCUCUGAUGGCUGAUCUGGGGUCAGAUUUGUCAGAGACAGAGGAGAAACUGAACGCAACCAAGACGGGACAUGUCCACACACAGCAGCACAAGUCUGGCUAUUCCACCCAACAACAAAAUGUCCGAGCACCUAUCUCCUUGUCCCAAAUGUCAUCGCUGGUGUCCUCCUCAUCCUCUCUACCUCCUGAACCCCGCAAACCACUUCCACCGGGAGAGGCCGAAGCACAAGCCAAAACUGACAAAAUCAAGCUGGCUCUGGAGAAGCUAAAAGAAGCCAAAGUUAAGAAGUUAGUAGUGAAGGUGAUGAUGAGUGAUGGCAGCUCCAAGACACUGAUGGUGGACGAGAGACAGACGGUCAGGGACGUGCUGGAUAAUCUGUUUGAGAAGACCCACUGUGACUUCAGCAUGGACUGGAGCCUGUGUGAGACCAACCCCGAGCUGCAGACGGAAAGGGGGUUUGAAGACCAUGAAUAUCUAGUGGAGCCUCUUUCUGCAUGGACACGAGACAGUAAAAACCAAAUCAUUUUCCUUCUGAGACCCAACAAAUAUCUCUUCUUCAAGGACCCCCAGAUAUUCUACCUAUGGAAGAAAGACCAAAAAUCUAUUAAUGAAAUAAAAGAAAGGCAUAAGGAACUUCUGCUAAAGGAAAAUUUUGAUGGGCCUUCUCUCAUCGUCCCAGACCUGGAGGGGCUGCUGUAUCUGAGAGAGGACGGGAAGAAAUCGUGGAAACGUCGCUACUUCCUGCUCAGGGCAUCUGGGAUAUAUUAUGUGCCUAAAGGAAAGACAAAGACAUCCAGGGACCUGGCGUGCUUCAUUCAGCUUGACAAAGUCAAUAUCUACACCACCACUGAUUACAAACAGAAAUACAAAGCACCAUCUGAUUUCUGCUUCAUCCUCAAGCAUCCUCAGAUCCAGAAGGAGUCCCAAUACAUCAGAUUCCUGUGUUGUGAUGAUGAGCACACUCUCUCCCUCUGGGUCAACUCCAUCAGAGUAGCCAAGUAUGGGGCCACCCUGUACAAGAACUACCAGAUGGCAGUGAGGAGAGCAUCAACCAUCAGCUCCACUCUGCACCUGACUAGUCUGCCUGCCUCCAGCCCUUCCACACCUACUGUGCACAGAGCAAAUGGACACACCCCUCAGGAGGACCUCCCUGAACCUCCCCCAGACUUUAUCCCCCCACCCCCUCCUGGUUGGGGCUCUGGGGUCUAGGGAAGGAGCUCUACCCCCUCAAUACACAACCAUGACUACCAUAGGACAUUCUCAACCUACCUAAAGACAGGCAGAUGGACAAUAAUAUUUUCAAUCAGAUUUAGGUCAGAACUGAGACUACUAGACUAUUUAGGAACAAUCAACACCUCUUAGAAAGCCAUUCUGGUGUAUCUAACUUUUUACCUGUCCGUUGCUCUUUUCAUAUUUAUUUUGAUCCUAACAAACUCCCCAGCCCCUUCCAGCAACAAGCAUACCCAUAACAUGAUUCUGCCACCACAAUACUAAUCUUAUUCAAAAUGAUUCGCAUCUGUAAUGGCUGCCAACAGUGCUUCCAUAAAUCAAAUCAAACUUUAUUUGUCACAUGCGCUGAAUACAACAAGUGUAGACCUUACCGUGAAAUGCUUACUUACAAGCCGUUAACCAACAGUGCAGUUCAAGAAGAGGCACCUUAUCCUCAAGGUCGCCUAUCCUCUUCACGUUGUACACAAACCUCUGCAUCUGCUCUGCAAGCACCGCAACAACUACGUAGUUCAGUUCUCGGACAAAACCGCUGUCCUCGGACUCUUAAACAAAGGCUCUGACACCAACGGCUACAGGGCGGCGAUUGAAGGAUUCGUCAGAUGGUGUGAUGAACAUCACCUACAACUGAAUGUGAAAAAAAACUGAGGAGAUGAUCCUCGACUCUAAGUCCUUUGGAGACUACAUCCCCAUGGUGGUACACGGAAAGAACAUUAAGCAGGUAAACUCAUACAAGUACCUGGGGGUCCACAUUGACUGUGGGCUUUGCUGGCGCACCCAUGUGGAGAGCGUGUGCUCACGCAUCCAAUAGCGUUUGCACUUUCUGCGUUGACUUUAGGGUCUAUGGAGGCUGGUGACAAACAUUUUGAGGAGGAUGGGAGACCCACGGUAUAGGCGCGUAACGCACGGAGACGACAAAGUGUGUUUCAAAAAUCGGCAAAGACUAAUUACUUUAACCUAAAACAUUUAUAGUACAAUAUUAUGGGGAAUGAGAGGGCUGAGCGGGAUCACAGAAGUGAUUGAAUGAGGGUAUGAGGCAUGAGUUGAGGUGUUCAGAGGCUUGACCAGUGCAGGACAGGAUUUGACUGGGAAGACAAAAAACAAUAACACAACACACUACAUAGAUAGACAAAAGGGCUAAAAAUGAGUUAGUCCAAGCAAGGAGUAAAAUCAUAGAUGUCUAAUAAUGUGAAUUGUGUACGUGAUUGACUCUAAUGAGUUGACUCUAAUGAUUGACAGGAAUGAGAGAAAAUGUAUAGGGGUACUCCUUGGCGAGGAAACAUUCAAUGGGGGAAACAUUCAAUGUGCCAGAUCAUGUCAGGAGAAUGUUGACAAAGGUAGAGGAGUGGAGUAGUCAUCUCCUCUUAAUCAGGGAACAGGAGGGAACUUAGCUGUAAAUACAAAUAACAGAUACAUUCCAUUACAGCUGCGCCAUCGUAGGUUUGGACAACGAGUUUCUUUAUGAACUUAAACAUCUCAAAAUAUAUAAAGUCAAACACAGACUGCACAUUUUGCCCACAUGACACAAAGGAUCCCAAGAAAUGUUCCUGAAUAUAGCCCUGAUCAUCCACAUACCUGACGAUAAGGGACUACUGCAAGCAGACUGAUGCCACCAUAGGUCCCAGAGCUGUGGGGCAAUUUUUACCCCCUGGGGCCUGGAGUUUUUCCUUAUAUGUUAACCUAACUAGGAAUACUCUGGACCCUAUAAGUUAUGACAGUGAUUAAUCAGUUGUAAAAAGGUUUUAUAUGGGCUAUGACAGGACCAGUUUUUCACAAUCAGGUCACUUUUUUUUUUUUUUUUUAACUCCUGACUACAAAUUGCAGCUAUCUUAUAUUUGUUCAUAUAAAUUAUAUUCAGACUAGAUUAGGAGGGGGAUUUCCUCUACCCAGACACAGACAACAAUUGAUAUGGCAAUACAACUCACAGGGCUGAGCUUGCUUUAGGCAUGUUUGCAUCAUGCAGGUCUAUGCAACUGUAGGCUUUACAAAACAUUUACUCACAUCCGUCAUCACUAUUAUGUUGAUUCGUUAAUUCCAGUUAAUCAUUAUGGAUUAAACACGUAUAGGCAGCCUAGCCAGCCCAAUUCUAAAUAUACACUCAAUUUCAUCCCAUUCACAUUUUCUCCUAACACACAAAUGGACUAUAAAUAGAUAACGUUACCAUUACUUUAUCCUGACCAGAUGGACAGGGCGCAUAGGCUGUAUGCAGCUGCUCUUAUUAGUAGCCUAGUUGAUCAGACUGAAAAAUAGUCUCGUUUUCAUUCCAUACAGCAUGUCCGAUUUCUAAUGUUCAGGUGUAGCCUAGGCUGCUGCAACAUUUAUAUCAUGAGUUGUUUCUUGUGUCUGUCCGGAGUGAUUAUGCGUUAUCAUCUUUGCUAAAUGUAUACUGGAUGCAAGUGGAAAGCCUACUUGAGCGCACGCGAAAAAAUGCGCUGGGUCAAACUCUCUCUUUAAUAUUUUAAUGGAUGAUGAGAUGGAAGCUUUCGGAAUUCGGAAUUGUUUUCGACAUGCCAGAAAAGACAGUCGAAAGUUCGAUAUGUUCGAUAUGAGAGUGAAGCAUCGUAACGUGCAAUUACCUCUGCAAGCUCCUUGUAGUUCCCCUUGUCGGUGGAACUUUCCAUCUCAAAAUCUUGCAAGGCCAGCAAUAGAGGCGGCUUGAUGAAAGGCUCCCUGUUUACCAGCUAGACUUUUGAUACCAGAUGCCAUUGAACACCCUCACCUUUUCACCCUUCUUCAUGAAACUGAUCUCAGGCAGAGGUCGACCCUCGCUUUUAAUUCGCAGCUUUUCGAUGUACCCCAGAGAAUGGAAGGGGUCAACAAAAAGUCCACAACAUUUUCGGCAGCGUUGGCCAUUCUAACGUUACCAUUAUGGCACAGAAAACGGCACACUCGCUCUGGUAGCUAGCUAUAGCUAAGGUUAGCUAAAUUACUGAAGUUAGCGAGGCAAAUGUAAAUAAAUUGCAAAAACUGGACGCAAAAAUAAAGUUAAGAAAACAAUUGAUAAUAUUUCACCUAUGUCUCCUGUAAUUUGAAAAAAACUCAUUUUAAUUGAAUAAUUUCCAAAAAAUGCUCAACUAUCACUUUUCACUCUUAAUCUCUAUCCAACAAUGUCCCCAAGCUUCUCAACACAUAGAACCCCCAUAAUGCUCUGUGGCACAAUCCCGAUACAAAUCAUGGGUUCAUUCUUUGAUCCUAAUUCUAUGACUGGAUGGACAACAUGUCAGUUCAUACCUCAAAAGCUUUGAUUGGAUGGAGGACGUCCUCCAGAAGUAGUCAGAAUUACAAUGUAUGUCUAUGGAAGGGGGUGAGGCCUACGAGCAUCCUAGGUUUUGUAUUGAAGUCAAUGUAGCCAGAGGAGGAACAUCCAGGAGGAUGGACUUUGCUAUAAAAUUCUGUGGCUCAAAUCCACUCGUUGGGCUCUCAACGAAUCACCUACGGGGGGCUCUUUGACAAGCUCCAUUAUUUCAGUAAUUAAAUAAUAAAGUUUUGAAGAAAUGUAAAAAUCUCUCCAUUUGAUUACAAUAAU